UGAAUCUCUGGCUCCGGGAGGCAGUCCCAGUCGCGCGCAUGCGUCAUGAAGCGGUUUCCCAUCGCUGCUUCUCAGCAACACUCAGUCCCCGCAGUCUCCAGGAUACACUCGCUACCUGUCUGUCUAACGUAACGGAGAUGGCUUCCUACCCACAGCUUCUUGUCAGCCCUGAGAGGCACGCGAGGCGAGGACCGACAUGACAGCGCACGGACGAGAGAAGACCCCGCGUCCUCUCCGCUUAUCGGUCCAGCUCGGACCGGUGAGAGGAGUGGGUCGCUAUGCCGUGCUGGUCGCGCUCUGUGCGCUGUGCUACAGCAACUCUCUUCACGGGGAGUUCGUGCACGACGAUGUGUGGGCUAUCACUAACAACCCUGACGUCCGGCCCGGUUCUAGCCUCCGAAACAUUUUCACCAACGACUUUUGGGGAAAGAGGAUGUCGGAUAACACGAGCCACAAGUCUUACAGACCGUUAUGCAUCCUCACCUUCAAGUUGAACAUCCUGCUGGGAGGAAUGACUCCUCUCUACUUCCACAUGGUGAACGUGUGUCUCCACUGUGCCGUCGCCUGCCUGCUCAUGCACACGUGCGCACGCUGCGUGUUCGAGGACGCGCGCCUCGCCUUCCUCACCGCCCUCCUCUUCGCCGUGCACCCCAUCCACACCGAGGCUGUGUCUGGUAUCGUGGGUAGGGCUGAUGUCUUGGCUUGUAUGCUGUUCCUCCUGACGUUUCUCUCCUAUGUUAGGAGUGUGGGUGUGUGUGUGUCGGAGGACGCCCUGCCCUCCACCGUGUCUGUGUGUGCGCUGGGCGCCAGUCUCCUGUUGGGCACCUGCGCCAUGCUGGUCAAGGAGACAGGCAUCACCGUGUUUGGUGUGUGUGUGCUCUACGAUGCCCUGGUGCUGUGCCGCAAGCCCCUCGUUGCUAACAGUUAA